AUGGUUAAUUUUUUCUCUAAAGGCAGAGUAUGUAUCAGGAGGCGCCCUAUGGCAUCCAAAGGGCUAGCAAUAGUGCAAUGCGAUGGAACAUGACUAACGAAGCCAAUUAGCGGAGACCAGACUCUUAUCAAGGAUUUAGUAAAUAUACCGACGAAUUGAACAGAUACCUGAACCAGGAAAGUAAUAAUGUUGCGGGAAUAGCUAGUACAGGAAUAUCCAGGAGUCAAUCGAUGACACAAGGAGCAGGACAAGCGGCAAUGGUAGCGCUCCAGAGGCAUAAUCAACAACAGAACCAGCUGACUCCACGCCAGGGAUCAGGGGUGAAACAGCCAGUAAGAAGGGCCAAUUCGUUGACAGCAGCAUCGAAUAGGUCGAAUUCCAUGAGGAGCUAUACGUACCAUCCCAAGCCAUCGUAUACUGUUGGUCAGCCACUCGGAAGCGCCAAUCAAGGAGGAGCCAGAAGAUUUAAUUCGUUGAACAGCAAAUCUAGUGUCGGAUCCUUCCAUAGGCCCGGUGCUAGGACGAAUUCGUUAACAUCUCAGAAUUCGUUUGUGAGGUCGAGAAGUCCACCUGUGCUCUACGAACAAGAUGAGGGAGAAGAGGACGGUGAUGUUACCGUCACCACCAAAACGACCAAAGUUGUAGAUUCUCAGGGUAGAGUACUGUCAGUAACGGUGGAGACCAUAAAGACGUUUGCAGAUGGGUCCACAGUCACUAACACUACCACGAAGAACAUUUCGAGAAACAAUUCGAGAGCUAAUUCUUUGAAUUCACAAUCAAUGUCGUUGAAGGGUAAUAGUUCAGGCAAGCAUAAUUCGAUGCUAUCAAAUAAUGCAGGUGGAAGUUAUAAUCUCUCAAAAAUCGACGAAGAUUUGCAAGACUUUGAUUAUAAUUACGAACUUGACCAUGAUACUUUGACCCAAAAGGGUUUCGGUCAUCCGCAUGUGGAUAAUGUAAUGUAUGACCUGAUUCAUGAUGAGAACUUUCACGGACAGGGUUUGCGUUUGAACCAUGGCAACCAAGGCUCAAACUACCACGCAGAUGAUUUUGAAUCCCCAGAGUUACAUUCGUAUGGUGGUGGUGGUGGUGGUGGAAAUGAAUCAAUCCAUAGUACUGGCCUUAAAUCAAUCACCAGUGAGUCAUCCAAACCUUUGAAGUCGAUUUUGAAAAAGAAAAAUAAUAUAAAUGAUAAAGGAUCUGAAGAUGAAGAAGGUUUUGCUGAUGCGGUAGAUGAAUUGCAAAACAAUCAAUUGGAUACUAAACAAGAUGAUACUCAACAUCCAUAUAAAAGUUUAAGUAGUCCUCAGUUCAACGAACCACCUAAAUUCAAAGUUCCUCAAUCCCCAAAUAUGCAAGCACCACAACAACCGAAUAGAAUCAGCACAAAUACCGGUAAUAAGAGAACGCACUCUCUCAUGUCGUCGCCAAUAUCAAGACACGAUGAUGUAUUGUCCGACAAAUCAGAGGCGUCAAAUUCUAUAAAAUUUCUGGAGAAACACGAAACUAUUCCAAUAUUUUAUAAUGAUAAUAAGCCCAAGGAACCUGAACAUACCAAGCCUUCAGAUCAAGACUUUUAUAGUAUUGCAAUGCAAGUUGCGAUGGAGAGGGUCUAUGGUAAUAAAGAAAACCAGCAAUCACCAAAGGUGGAAGGAAAAAGAACAAUGUCCUUGAAUUCUCACACAUCUCCUAUUCAAGAGCCAAAGAAGGAAAAGAAGGAAAAGAGGGCACAGGAAUUAAAUGAGCAAGGUGUAAAUGAUGACUAUGUUUAUCAAAAUCAUCAUAAAGACUUUGUGGGUCUUUCAUUGAGAGAUAAUGUAGAGCCUAAACAAACAAGUCGAAAAGAAAGAGCGAAAGAAGAAAAAAAGCAACAAAAGUCUGAAAUGAAAGAGCAGAAACAGAAAAUGAAAGAAAAAGAGAAGGAAGAAGCUGAAAAUUUAAAAGCUUCGUCAAAAGAACAAAAAAAGUCACAGAAAGCUCAAAAGCACGGAAGAUUUGCAUCCUUGUUUGGCAGGAGGAAGAGCACUUCCAAUGAUAAUUCGAUUUUGACUAGCGAUGGAGGAUUGAAGAAAUAUAGUACAGAUAAUAAUUCACAGCCAACGGCAUCCGAUCAUAAUCCUAUUCAUGACAGCGCCAAGGCGGUUGGCUCUGAAGCGGAAUAUCAAAAUCUAAACCAUAAAGAUUUUGACCAGGAAGAUACUUCAAGAGCUGGAGAUAAGACUACAAGUGAAGAAGCAAAGGGUUUUACAGUUUUCAAUCCUGAAACGGACCGCGGCAAUGGAUUGAAUACAGAAACGGAACCUAUAAAAAAUAACAGUACUUCGAUCCCUAUUCGAGACCCUAAUCAAAGCCAUGAGAAUCAAGGAUUGAACAGUAACAAACCUGAUUAUAUGUCUAAGCAGGACAAUUCUUUUAAUAAUGUUCCACCGAGACCAGUAUUUAGUAAUGAAGGUUCUGGGUCAUAUUCAAUGAGAUUUCCUCGUACCGAUAGUGCCACUUCUGAUACUAAAAAUUUGGAAGAUUUGUCCAGCAGUCGUGAUGAGACCGGUUUAAAUUUAAAUUCUGAACCGCAAAUUCGAAACGCUGAAGAUUCGAAUGCUGGGCAACAAGCUCUUCAAGAUAUGCCUGGCUCAAUGCCGGGUGUCGAUUCAUCUAUACUCAGAGAAAUUGUUCAAAAUGACACGGAGGACGGCCCUUCAUUCAAUCAUGACGAACCCGAUUUGGUCCAGAAAACUACACUUGACCCUUCUGCUAAUCUUAUAAAUGAUCGGACAUCAGUUUACUCAAAUGACGCCGAAGAAAAACGUAAGGGUAAGGUAUUAGAUCCGAUCACUGUACCUGUUCUCAACGAAAUUAAAUCUGAAACAACAAGUAUUGAGAGUCAAUCCAAUAAGUACAAAGAUAUUGGAACAGAGCUUGAACCAAAUAACACUGACACAGAUGACUUACUUGAAUCCGGGAAUAACUACAGUUAUCCAGAGCCUGGCCGGGAAGUUGUUGAUCAAGAUAUCGAAGAGAAGAAAGGUAAUUCCAGCCAUACUUUGCAAGAUUCUUCUAAUAAUGAAGAGAUACCUAAGCCAAAUUGUGUACCUCAAAUAUCAAAUAAUGAUGAUUUAAUUGAUGAGGCAGUCUUGGUUAAUAAAGAUGACGUCAAGGGGUAUGAUAAUUUCAAUAUGUUAGCCGGUGAUCCAAUCACAUCAAGUGUAGCCCAAAAUCAAUACUCUCAGGAACCUACUGUUUCCAAUUUUGAGAAUCAUAAUAGUGCUUAUCCUGUGGUUGCUGGUACUAACAACCAAAAUUUGAAAAGUAACCAUAAUGACUCUGAAGGACUUGAUCGGGAUUCAGACUAUGGAAAAAGUUCUAAAAGGAAUAUUGAUUCUCCAUCUCCAGCUGGAGACGCAUUUUCAAAUAAUGAGGAACAUGCCGAUUUUUCUCCAGCAACAGUUAAUGAUUCGUUGGAGCAUAAUAAUUUUAAUAAGACUGGCAAUUUGAGCAAUAAUGAAGCUGCCAGUAAUCAGCCUCAGAAUUUGCAGUCGACAGUGCCAAUUCAUAAUGGAUUUACCACCAGUGAAGCUACUUAUAAAGGUACCGGUAAUGCUUCAGAUGCUACAGAAGCUGCUAAUCGCGACCAUUUACCAAAGUCCUCCUUUGAACAUAUGCAGAGAGAAGAAAGUGGUUCACCAGUGGUUGUCCACGAUGAUCAUGGCAUUAACGAGUCCAAGCCUUCAAAGAAAGGUAAUAAGUUUAAGCAAAAGCUUUUUAAGUAUUUUGUUAAUUCUUACAAUAAUUGA